AUUAAUUACUCGCCGAAAGUCUGGUCAUCGGCCGCCCGUCCGAUCGCCCAAUAUGUUUGCCGCAAACAUUGGCCAACUAUAUGCCGGCGCCGCCGCCGGUAGUUGUGGUAGUGGUCAUCAAUAUCGCCGAUUGUUGUUGUUAUGGUCGUCAUCGUCGAUGUCCCGCAUGAAUACCGUCGCCGCCGCCGUCGCCGUCGGUAGUGGUGUUGGCCAACAACAACAACACCGACACUGUUGUCGUCAAGAACUUGACGACUAUUUGCGGUCAGACUUUGGCCGCAAACAUCCGCAACAACGGUGCGAACAAUUUUGGUCACAGUAUUGGCAAAAGACGGGUCUUUUCGGUGAUACUGAUCGACAACAUCGUCGCCGCCGCCGCAGCCAAAAAACUGGUCAAACCAUUGGCGGCGGCGACUGUUUUAAGCUACUGUUGCCGCCGCCAAACAUUACCGGAUCAUUACAUUUGGGUCACGCCUUGACAGUGGCCAUUGAGGACGCCCUAUGCCGUUAUCAUCGUAUGACUGGCCACACAGUUCAAUGGAUACCUGGGUUAGAUCAUGCAGGUAUUGCUACACAAAUAAUGGUCGAAAAACAUUUGUGGACAAAAUACGGGAAAACUAGACACGACCUAACACGCGACCAGUUUCUCGGCGAAGUUGACCAAUGGAAAACUCAACGGUCGGCCGAAAUCCGUGAACAACUGUUACGAUUGGGUGCCAGUCUUGACUAUACCCAGGAGUACUAUACAUUGUCGCCCGAGAUGUCCGCAGCCGUUACCGAAGCAUUUGUCCAGCUAUUCAAUCGCCAGCAGAUCUAUCGGAGUACAAAAGCGGUAAACUGGUCGUACUAUAUGCGAUCGACACUAUCGGAUAUUGAGGUCGACGUCAAACAUAUUGACGGUCCAACUGAGCUAACGGUUCCCGGUUAUCAUAAGCCAGUUGUGUUGGGUGUUAUGCAUCGGUUUAACUAUCCGUUAGAAGAUAACAGCAAUGAUGUUAUACCAGUGGCCACAACACGUCUCGAGACAGUUAUCGGCGAUGUAGCCAUUGCUGUACAUCCCGAUGAUAAACGAUACUCGCAUAUGAUUGGCCGUAUGGUUAUCAAUCCGAUUAGUGGUCGCCGUAUGCCCAUAGUUGCCGACCAGUCAGUAGUCCAAACGUUCGGUACGGGAGCCGUAAAGAUAACGCCGGGUCAUUCACGUUUCGAUCACGAACUAGCCGAACGACAUAGACUACCUGUUCUGCUUGUAUUCGAUCAGACGGGUAGACUAGACUGUCCCGAAUUACCCGAAUUUCAUGGUCUACACCGAUUUUCAGCCAAAGAUGCCAUCAAAUCGGCUCUCAUAGCCAAAGGUCUAUACCUGGAUCAGUCCGAUCACUCGCAUAGUGUACCCGUAUGUCCCAAAACUGGUGAUCUGAUUGAGCAUCGGUGUGUACCGCAAUGGUUUUUACGCUGCCAACAGUCUACCGUCGACAGGGCUCGGCUAGCAAUUGUCGAGGACGACCUAAAUCCAUCCGUACACUGUUGUCCAACUGUACCAUAUCUUGAUCCCGACAAACAUCUGAGUCUAGUUCCGCCUAACUAUCGAUUUGUUUGGCGCGAAUGGUUUAACCGUCUGGAAGAUUGGUGUAUAUCCCGUCAGAUCUAUUGGGGACAUCAAAUACCGGCCUAUAAUGUCAUUAUUGAUGGCCAGCUAACCGAUGAAUGGAUUGCCGCUAAAAGUUAUUCAGAAGCCCUGCUCAUAGCUGAACACAGACAUCCCGAUCACACUAUAAUAACCGUACGACAAGACCCGGACGUAUUGGACACAUGGUUUUCAUCAUCGCUAUUACCGCUCAGUGUUAACGGUUGGCCAACGGCAACGGUAAACGGCAAACAACAGUUGGACACCCAGUCGUCACCGUUAAGUCUAAUGGAAACCGGUUACGACAUACUAUUCUUUUGGGUCGCCCGUAUGGUUCAGCUGUCCCUUGAAUUGACCGAUCGAUUACCGUUCAAUCGGGUACUUCUGCACGCUAUGGUCGGCGAUUCUGAUGGGAAAAAAAUGUCCAAAUCCUGGGGCAAUGUUAUCGAUCCGAUCGAUAUUAUUGACGGUAUUUCGCUGAAAGAGUUGAUCCGUAAGAACGAAAAGAUUCGGGAAUCGGGUUUUACUACCACUACUACUACCGAUACUACUACUACUACUUUGGCUAAGUCUGGCCAACACACCAAACACAAGUUGGCCAAACAGUUUCCGUCGGGUAUUGUUUCGUGCGGUGCCGACGCACUGCGUUGGCAUUUGUUGCGUACAAAUUACAAAUCGGAAAACGUUUCGUUCGACCUGAAAAAAGUGGUCAAAUCCAGAAACUUUACCAAUAAAAUGCAUCAAACGGUUCGGUUUUUAUUCAACAAUCUGGACAACCGUUUUGUCCGUUUGGAUAUUCUUGAUCUUACUGACCACUUAAGUCCCGACGAUCGUCAAAUACUGUCACAAUUGGCCGAAACCGUUAGGACAGCGAACCAGGCGUUCGAGUCGUACGAUUUGCGCGAAGGUGUGGCCGCUUUGGAGCACUUCUGGCACAACAAACUGUGCGACAUAUAUCUGGAGCGCGUGAAACACGUACUCAAAAAUACCGACGACGACGACGAUCUGAGGACACGUAAUACUGUACUCAAUGUUUUAGUCUAUACGAUCAACACUGGCCUCAGGGCGUUGCAUCCGUUUAUGCCGUUUAUUACCGAAAAUCUAUGGCAACAUAUUAACCAUAGACUGCUGACCAUCACUACUGCUGCUGACGAUAAUAAUCAUAAUCUUCGACAAGAAUUUUCAAGUAUUUGCGAUGAAGACUAUCCGGAUAUAACUGUUGAUCCAGUUUUAAGACAAUAUCAGAGUGUAGUCAACGAUCGUGAUAUGCAUUUGGUUGGGGCUAUCAUCGAAAAAAUUCGAUGGUUUACGAAAUAUUUUGAAAUUACCGAUGAUAUACUAUCGACAACACGGAUAUCAAUUGCUACCUAUGAUAAACAUCUCCAGAAUUAUCGUCAAUUGAUCCAAUCGGCUAUCGGUAAUGAUGUGGAUUCAGUCGAUAUGGUAUCCAUUCAUGAUAUUCAUCGAUAUUAUCGUAGUUUUUGUUUUAAAGUUUGUAGAAAUGAAGUUAUAGCCGAUACAGACGGCGGCAACAUUGAUGGCAACAAUGUCGACAACGAUGUCGAUGAUGAUGAAGAUGACGAUACAAAUGAAUACAAUAUACUAGACAUCGAUAAGAAUAAUAGGAAUCACUUUAACGAUUGUUAUGUAUUGUUUUCAUUCAGCGAUGAAGUGAUGUCGAAAUUGUCUAAUGAAUUGAUAGCUGAUGUCAGUGGUGUUGCUGUCGAUGAUGAUGGCAAUGGCAACGAUGGUAUAGAAGCUAUUGAUGGCCAGAAACGGAAGGAGAUGUUUGAUAUGCCAACGCUUAUACGUUUUGUUAAUUUGCUGUUCAAACAUAGGAACAGUAGGUUUCAUCAAAACUAUUGGAAAACCAAAUCAAUGAGAGAAAGUGAUUGACUGU